UGGACCACCGUGUCCAAUCAGCGACGAGUUUUAUGAUGACACCGUGGGAUUCCGCGAAGUACUGUUUCUUUCAGAUGAGAACAGCAAACAGCGGCACAGAGAGAGGCACACGGAUGAGGGAAGAAGGGAAUGACAGUUCUCAAAGUUCCACGCUUUCUGAUGUGGUUGAAAUAAUAUUGGGAAUAGGCACCUGGAUGCCUAUUCGAUAACUUGUGCGUGUAGACGCAAGCGACACACGCUUUUAUUCUUCGCUUAGAACAUUAAUCAUCGCAGUCACAUUGGGAAAAACACGUGUAGGAGCCACGUUUUCCACAGUCAUCUGUUUCCCGAUGCGCAUAUGAUGAGAAUCCCGAGCCCUAAGUUUUUCUAUUUGUAGCAGGUGACUCCUCCAUUUCCAGGACAUUUUAGGUAACUACAAUGACGGACGUUAAUACUGCAGCUAGGUCAUUGGGGCCGGUCUCAAACGGUGGCCGCUCAGACAAACUAGCCGACGAGGAGGGAUCUGAAGAAAGUCAAGAGAGUCGGACUCUGUUGAUGGUCGCAAUGAUUCUGCUGGACCUAAAUCAGUGUAUCCCGAGCGGCAUCAGCGCCAAAUGUAUAGUGGACAGUGAUGUGGAUAAUCAGCCCGGCGUGAAGGAAAACCGGGAGAAAUGCAGACAGAACGCGAGCAGGGUGAAAAGGACACGGAACCGCGACAGACUGCAUGUAUCCGCUGAGAAGAGACACUGCUGCCCCUAUGCUGACUGUGGCAAAAUAUACGGCAAGUCGUCCCAUCUUAAGGCGCACUUCAGAGUACACACCGGUGAGAGGCCCUUUCAGUGUACCUGGCCAGGCUGCGCAAAGAAAUUCUCACGGUCGGAUGAACUGACGCGACAUUUUCGCACGCACACCGGGGAGAAGCGUUUCUUGUGCCCGCUCUGCGACAAAUGCUUCAUGAGAAGCGAUCACCUCACCAAACACGCCCGCAGACACGUCAACUUCCAUCCCAGUAUGCUUCAGGGUCCUGCCGGGCGAAGACGACACUCUUCAACGUCUACAUCGUCCUCUGGCUCCAGCGAUCACAUGUCUGCUGGUGUUUGAGCAACCAUGUGACCCCUCACUGCACAUUUUGGAUGUCUGUCUUUCUUGAGGCUCAGAUCUUGGAGCCGCUGAUAUUGAGGUGAUGAUAUGAGAUAUCAGGUGUGUUACAUAAUGGAGACAUACAAAAUAUGUUGUGCUGGAGUUCUCCAUGACAAAGCCUGAAAUGGGACUGCUCAAUGGAAUGGACAGAAAUGAUCAGCUUUAGGCAGAACAAUAAUGCACAUUUAGUCCAAGGGUUAUUAAAAAAAUUAUAGGGGUAUUUAUAACUUAUCACAUAUCAUGAAUAUAAGAUUGUUCAAUACAGAGCCAGGGGAUUUAUUACACACCCACUGUGACAAAGGGAAGUGAAAAAUAUUUAGUGUGUGGUGAAACGGAGACACAUUUUAAUGAUCACUUUAAAGUGUCCAAUUUUACAAUGGUCCAGUUGGCAGAAGUGGAUAGGUUUUAAUAUAAUCGCUAUGAAUGUUUUUGGUUAUUUUGUGUUAUCUACAGGGACAGCAGUUGACUUAAGUGUUGAAGACACUUAAGUCUAUGGUAUUUGUAUGAUAUUAAAACAGAUGGUUACUUAUGAGAUUAACUUCGCAUCGUGUGAGGUUGUACGCACAUAAACAAGCUUUGGUGUUUUUUAAGCAAUCAUUUAUUCAUCAUUCAUUCAUUCAUCAUCAAUUAUUUGCAUAUUCUAAUCAGUUAUGCAAAAUAAUGUAACUUAUUUAAUGUACAGCAUUGAAAUACUCUAUUCAGAACAGUUUUAUAAUUUCUUUUUGAAACUUUUAUUUGUUUGUUUGGUCAGCCUUCUCAAGUGAUGUAGUGAAAAUAAGAGAAGUUCACUGAUUAAUAGUUUACCACCGCCAUCUAUAGGUGUGUUAUGGGAAAACACAAGGUAAGAGCUGUGCCUUACAUCUCUGUACACUGCACAGCUGAAAAAGACAACAAAGAUUGUAUAUUUCUUCCAGUACCUAUGAUUUUAUUAGCAGCCUAUAGUAUUUACCAUCAAUCAAUGAACAUGAGUAACAUUAUCUUUUAUUAGUUUUAUUAAUGGGUUUUUCAUUUUCAUACAAGUUCCUCUUGACUUCAGAAGUCUUUCCACUGUUCAGCUGUUUACUUGAAAUAAUAAAUGCUAUUUGAAAAUAGAUUUAGUUUAAAUCUACCAUAAUGAUCAGCCAUUGUGCUUUAAAAGACACAAACUGAAUUUUACAUGUGAAUCAACGAUCAAUGUAUCUGUUGGAGCUUUAUUCAAUAACAAUUAUAUAGAUUUUUAUAUUUUAUGUUAUGAUAACUGCUCAACAAAUAUUUGGAUUUUAUUGUCACAUCGUAUCUGUGCUAAUUUAUUGUUCAGAUGUUCCAUAUGUUCAGUAGGUUGUGAGCCUGAAUUCAAGCAGGUCAUUUAAAACAUACUGUCAUUGUAAAAAUGCUCAACCUGUGCCUUGUUUUGAGUUUAAGAAGAACUUUAGAACUUUGAGUUUAAGAACUCUUAUCUUAGACUGCAGAAUGUAAUUAGCAAGUUACUGAGAAGUACAUUGAUGUAAUUUACAAAAGUCUUCUCAGUUGUGUUGUGAAUGCCUGUGUUGUGAUGUGUAUAUCUGUGUCUUACAGACUUUGAGCCACUACCAGUGUACAUACAUAUUCUGUACUUUUACAUAAGUAUCAUUUGUGCAACAUUCAUAUUUUGGCUUUCCUGUACCUGUAAAUUAUGUAAAUAAAGGACUAA